GUUCACACGCUUGACGCUUGCCUCCUCCCGUCACCAUGGACGCGCCCUCCGCGGGCUCCCCCUCGAUCUAGCGCUGCGGGCACGCACGCCGGCGGCGGCGACCCUCAACGGAGCCUUGGCGCUGGGUUCCCAAAGUUAGUGGGCUAGGGGCACGGGCUGGAGCAGCGCGCCAUGGGGAGGAAGCCUGACGCGGUAGCCAAGCCGCACUUCUCCGGCAGCGUCGGCGCCGGCGCCUCCUCGCCGAGGGCGGCACGGAAGGCGCCGCCUUCUCCGGUGUUCCUGGGAACCGCGCUGUUCGUCCUAGGGUUUGUGUCCCUGUUCACGGGACACGUGGUCACCGACGCUGAUUGGUCGCGGAUCCGGAGCCGGUGGCGAUCCAAGCAGAUUAGGAUAUAUGAACCUAUAGAUAUUUGGAAAUCGAGGUAUUCCAGCAUCUACUACGGAUGCAGUGGGAGAAGCGUGAAUUUCAGAUCUGCUGUGCCAGAGAACAGUUCCACUGGUUACUUGUUGAUUGCUACCAGUGGGGGGCUGAAUCAGCAGCGUAUAGGGAUAACAGAUGCUGUUGUGGUUGCCUGGAUUUUGAAUGCCACACUCGUUGUACCUGAGUUAGACCAUCACUCAUUCUGGAAGGAUGAUAGUGACUUCUCUGACAUUUUUGACGUGGACUGGUUCAUUUCCUACCUAUCAAAAGAUGUAACAAUUGUUAAAAGGAUCCCUUAUGAAGUGAUGUUGUCAAUGGAUAAACUACCGUGGACCAUGCGAGCGCCUAGGAAAUCAGUGCCUGAGUUUUACAUUGAUGAAGUUUUGCCAAUACUCAUGCGAAGGCGAGUUUUGCAAUUAACCAAAUUUGAUUAUAGGCUCACUAGUGAGCUCGAUGAAGAUCUGCAAAAGCUACGUUGCCGAGUAAAUUUUCAUGCAUUAAGAUUUACAAAUUCCAUACGUACUCUGGGUCAGAAACUUGUGCGAAAGCUGAGACUCAUGAGCCCACGAUAUGUCGCAGUUCACUUGAGGUUUGAACCUGACAUGCUUGCAUUUUCUGGCUGCUACUACGGAGGUGGUGAAAAAGAAAGAAAGGAACUGAGUGAAAUUAGGAAACGGUGGGAUACAUUACCUGAAUUGAGUGCUGAGGAUGAGCGCAGCAGGGGGAAAUGCCCAUUGACUCCUCAUGAAGUUGGUUUAAUGCUCCGAGCUCUUGGUUUUGGUAACGAUACAAACCUGUAUGUUGCUUCUGGAGAAAUAUAUGGUGGAGAGGAAACUCUCCGACCUCUUAGGGAACUCUUUCCAAAUUUCUACACCAAGGAGAUGCUUGCUGGGGAUGAUUUGAAACUAUUCCUUCCUUUUUCGUCACGGCUGGCUGCAAUUGACUUCAUCGUUUGUGAUGAAAGUGAUGUCUUCGUUACAAAUAAUAAUGGAAACAUGGCCAAGGUUUUAGCUGGCCGAAGGCGAUACAUGGGCCACAAGAGAACUAUUCGUCCAAAUGCAAAGAAACUCAAUGUACUGUUUCAGAGACGGAAACAGAUGGGCUGGGAUACGUUUUCGCAGAAGGUACAGAAAGUCCAGAGGGGUCUUAUGGGAGAACCGGAUGAUAUCAGACCAAAACAGGAUGAUUUCCAUGAAUUUCCAUCAGCGUGCAUCUGCUUAAGAAAACCUGGGAAUGUAUCAGUUACAACAUGAACUGAAAGCUUGACACCACACAUGCAGUAGACAACAGGAGGAUUCUGCUAGUUGAGCCUGCGAUUGAUGCACUGGGGAACAGAUAUAUUAACAUGGUGGAAUUAACAGGACAGGGAUGCAUUUUGCAUACACCAAGAAAUAGAUGCCUUGGUGCGGUAGAGAUGAAAGACGAGCUGCAAGGUAACUGCCACGUGGAGAGUUUCCAACUGGAGAUGUGCCACGCCUGUAAAUUGUUGUUUAUACGUUAUUGAUUCUUUGAAUAUGGUGUGCGCCUAUAACAUGAUCUUCUGUCCGAGUAAGACAUUGUUUAUAAGUUACAAUUAUCUGCCCAUGGGCCAUGGCGAAUGGACAAGUACAACAACAAUGGCUACCCCCACAUUUUGUGAUUACUGUA